AUGGCGUUUGGCGAAAUCGUGGGCACGUCGUUGGAGGUCCCACGAGUGACGUCGACGCUGCGAGUGCUGGUGCGAGAUGGUGGGCGUCCCUUCGACGUGGAUCAGCAGCUGCUACAGCGAAAACAGGCUCUCUCGCUGCGAAGCUCGGCUGGCGCCAUGUCAGCAGAAGCAGGCCACGUGGCACCAGCAGUGGGUGCCACGACACUGGCGCAGCGACUGGUUCCUGAGUGGGAGAAAGCUCCCGCUAGUGUUCGAGAGGCGUACGAGUCGUUCCUAGUGGCCGUCCAAUCGCUGCUCGCCACGGAGGUCUCUUCUGCUGAUCUGCACGAGGCAGCAGGGGCGGCGUUUGACUGCAUUGACCGCCAGCUCAGAGCAAGGCGGGAGAAGCAGGCAGGGGAAGAGGCUGCAGGAGAGGAGGGAGGCCAUUCGGAUGGUCUUGCCGGGGCCUUGAGCGAGGCCGAUUCGCUCUCAGAUGCUGAUUUGGGCAGCAUAAGAUCUGCUCUCUCUGACCUCCUCGGUCUUGUCUCCUCCGACCUUCCCCUCAUCCGCCGAGCAGCCUCUCUUUUCCUCCAGCUGCUCGCCUGGCAGCGCACCCACCGCUCCCAACCGCACCACCAGCACCAACACCGCUCUGCACCGCACCAAGAACCUUCAGACUCCUUCAUGUUCGGUGCGGACGUGCCCUUCCAGGUGCCUGGGGCUGGCCUAGAUGGUAACCAGCUGUUACAGCAGUUCUGGGAGGAGGCCAGGGCCCGGACUCAGGCGCAGGCUCAGGUGGAUUCUCAGGUGGAUUUUCAGGUGCCAGCCCAGGUGCAGGCCCAGGUGCCAGUGCACCGUUCCACAUAUGAGACAGCUGAGUCAGGUGCUGCUUUUGAUGCCUCUGGUGGUCCUUAUAGCGCUGCUGAUGGUGGUGGCGGAGGUGGUGACCAUAAAGAGGGGGAGGAGGGACCGCGUGAUCUGAGGUGGCUGCACCAGUCGUGUGUGGAGGCGGCUCAGUGGGGGGGAGGCGCGCAGCUGACUGCUGACGAGCUGUCUCUGGCUGUGCUCAAGCUCAUGCAAUCCCCGGGGUCUGGAGAUGAGGUGGCAGGGGAGCUGUUCAACCUGGUGGGCGAUCAGGGCUUCGAGUUCAUCCAGCAACUGCUGCAGCAUCGCAAGGCGCUGGUGUCUGCAGCUCAGUCGGCCCUUUCAGCCCUGAAGGAAGCUGUGGAGGCGGACACAGCAAGCAGCGGCACCAGCAACAGCCACAUGCGGCACGGCGCUACCGUGACCGUGCAGACCGAGUCAGAGAAACAGCUGGAGAAGCUCCGAAAGAAAGAGGACAAGAAAAUUGCUCGUGCCGCCGCGAAAACCGGAGGAGGAGGUGGAGUGGGGGGAGGAGCGGGGAGAGGGGGGGUAGAGGGGGAGCUAGCAUGGUUGCUAGGCGCAGGGGGGUUUUCAGCACUGGUGGAGGCUGGGGAGAAUAAAGUCGGAGGGGUGAUUGAUGCUCUGAUUGGUACAGGGGAUGAUGCUGUACCUGUGAGGGCGCUGCCUGUGGGGACUAAGAGGAAGGCUUAUAAGGGGUAUGAGGAGGUGCAUGUGCCGCCGGCUGUGGCGGAGGGGGGCGCGGGGAGGGCACAGGAGAAGCUGGUGAGGGUGGGGGAGAUGGAGCCCUUCGCUCAGAAGGCGUUUGAGGGGUUUCAGACGCUCAACCGCAUCCAGAGCCGCAUCUACCAGCGUGCCUUUUACUCCAAUGAAAACCUCCUGGUGUGUGCGCCCACCGGAGCAGGGAAGACCAACAUUGCAAUGAUCACAGUCCUGCAUGAGGUGGGAGCCAACUUCAAGAACGGAGUGCUGCAGAAGAACGAUUUCAAGAUUGUCUAUGUGGCCCCCAUGAAGGCGUUAGCAGCGGAGAUGGCAGCAGCAUUCGGAAGGCGCCUGGCCCCUCUCGGGCUGUCAGUGCGAGAGCUGACUGGCGACAUGCAGCUGACCAAGAGAGAGAUGGAAGAAACGCAGAUGAUCGUGACGACACCCGAGAAGUGGGAUGUGAUCACGAGAAAGAGCUCAGAUGUGUCGAUGGCGUCGCUGGUGCGCCUACUGGUGAUCGACGAGGUGCAUCUGUUGAAUGACGACCGAGGACCCGUGAUUGAGACCCUGGUGGCACGCACCUUGAGACAGGUAGAGAGCUCUCAAAGCAUGAUUCGCAUCGUGGGCCUCUCUGCAACUCUGCCCAACUACACAGAGGUGGCUCAGUUCCUGCGGGUCAACCUUGACACGGGGCUCUUCUAUUUCGACGCCUCCUACCGUCCCGUGCCGCUCUCCCAGCAGUACAUUGGGGUCUCUGAACCGAAUUUUGCCCGCCGCAACACUCUCAUGCACGAGAUUGCGUAUGAGAAGGCAAUGAAUGCGGUGAAGAAUGGGAAGCAGGCGAUGGUGUUUGUGCAUUCCCGGAAGGACACGGUUAAGACUGCGAGGAUACUGAUGGAAACGGCGCAGAGGAACGGGGAGUCGGAGCUGUUCAACCCGCAGGAGCAACCACAGUACAAACUCAUGGAGAAGGAUGUGAUGAGGUCGCGCAACAGGGAGAUGGGGGAGCUCUUCCAGGCGGGCUUUGGCAUCCACCAUGCCGGCAUGCUGCGCCCCGACCGCUCUCUCACGGAGAAGCUCUUCAGCAUGGGGCUCAUCAAGGUGCUUGUGUGCACAGCCACGUUGGCAUGGGGAGUUAACCUGCCGGCCCACACUGUCAUUAUCAAGGGCACUCAACUGUACGAUGCCAAGGUUGGCGGUUUCCGGGAGCUGGGGAUGCUCGAUGUGAUGCAGAUCUUCGGUCGAGCAGGGCGGCCGCAGUUUGACUCAAGUGGGGAGGGCAUCAUCAUCACGGCCCACAACCAGCUUGCACACUAUCUCCGCCUCAUGACCCACCAACUGCCCAUCGAGUCGCAGUUCGUGGCGAUGCUGAAGGACAAUCUGAACGCGGAGGUGGUGCUGGGGACGGUGACUAACGUAAAGGAGGCGUCGGCCUGGCUGGGGUACACGUACCUCUUCGUACGCAUGCAGGCGAAUCCGCUAGCGUACGGGAUGACAUGGCAAGAUGUAGCUAUGGAUCCGGGCCUGGUGGCUCGGCGCCAGGCCUUGAUCACCGAAGCUGCUCGGUCUCUGGACCGAGCCAAGAUGAUGAGGUUCGACGAGCGCAGCGGGCAGCUGUAUGUGACUGAGCUGGGGCGCGUGGCGAGUCACUUCUACAUACGAUACUCGUCUGUGGAGACCUAUAACGAGCUGCUGAGGCGACACAUGAGCGAGAGCGAGAUCGUUGAUCUCAUAGCGCGGUCAUCCGAGUUUGAGAACAUAGUGGUGAGGGAGGAGGAGAUGCCGGAGCUCUUCACCCUUCCCUCUCCCACGCCUCCCUUGCGUCCCUCUCGUUUUUUCCGCAACCAUCCUGUCCGAAUCGUUGAUCUCAUAGCGCGGUCAUCCGAGUUCGAGAACAUAGUGGUGAGGGAGGAGGAGAUGCCAGAGCUCUUCACUCUGCGAUCCAAGUUCUGCCCUCUGGAUGUGAAAGGCGGGCCGGAGGACAAGAUCGGGAAGAUCAACAUUCUCAUCCAGGUGUACCUAUCUCGCGGCUACCUCGAUUCCUUCUCACUCAUAGCUGACACCGCCUAUGUAUCCGCCUCGCUGGGCCGCAUCACACGUGCGCUCUUCGAAAUCGCUCUAAAACGAGGAUGGUGCUCCCUGGCGGCCUCCCUGCUGGAGAUGGCCAAGGCGGUGGAUCAGCGCAUCUGGCCACACCAGCACCCCUUGAGGCAGUUCGAGUCUGUGAUUUCACAGGAGGUACUGUUCAAGCUGGAGGACCGGGGGCUGGAUCUGGAUCGCCUGUGUGACAUGGACGACAGUGAGAUUGCUGCCAUCAUCCGCUCGCCCUAUGCUGCCAAGUUGGUGUCACAGUGUGUCUCCCAGUUCCCCUAUCUGGAGCUCGACGCGCACAUCAGCCCCAUCACCCGAACCGUGUUACAGGUGACUCUUUAUGUGACGCCCACCUUCCAGUGGAAAGAACGAUUUCACGGCAAUGCCCAGCGCUGGUGGAUAUGGGUGGAGGAUAGUGAGAACGAGCACAUCUACCACACGGAGUACUUCAUUCUGUCCAAGAAGAUGAUGGCACAGGGCACGCACACGCUCACCUUCACCAUCCCCAUCUUUGAGCCGCUACCCCCUCAAUACUACGUGAAGGCCAUCUCAGACAACUGGCUCUCCUCCUCCUCCACCCACACCAUCUCCUUCCGCCGCCUCAUCCUGCCCGAGACUCAGGCCUUCCACUCGCUGUACCACUCCGACCACAGCGUGCUGCUCGGUGCUCCCACUGCCUACCACUGCCUUUGCUGCUUCAAUCUUCUCAUCUCCUUCCCUCCCCUUUGUUUCUCUCGCUUUUCCCCCUUCCGCCGUCCCCACACAUCCCUCCCCUUUGUUUCUCCCCAGCGCCACCCGCCCCACACAGAGCUCCUGAAUCUGCGCCCGCUCCCAGUGACAGCCCUCGGGGAUCCCCAGGCCAUCGGGUUGUACGGCUUUUCGCACUUCAACCCCAUUCAGACUCAGGCCUUCCACUCGCUGUACCACUCCGACCACAGCGUGCUGCUCGGUGCCCCCACCGGCAGUGGCAAGACCAUCUCGGCUGAGCUUGCCAUGCUCAGGCUUUUCCGCACGCAGCCAGGCAUGAAGGUGAUUUACAUAGCGCCACUUAAAGCUCUGGUGCGAGAGAGGAUGGAGGACUGGGGCAAGAACUUCAUGCCAAAGCUCGGCAAGUGCAUGGUGGAACUAACAGGGGAUCUCACACCAGACAUGAAGCUGCUGGUGGCGGCUGAUGUGAUCGUGGCAACUCCAGAGAAGUGGGACGGCAUCACUCGCAGCUGGCACAACCGAUCAUAUGCGCAGACGGUGGGGUUGAUGGUGAUGGACGAGAUUCACCUGCUGGGGCAGGACAGAGGGCCAGUACUGGAGGUGAUUGUAUCGAGGAUGAGAUACAUCUCUGCCCGCACCGCCCGCCCCAUCCGCUUCCUCGGCCUCUCCACUGCUCUCGCCAAUGCCAGGGACCUGGCUGACUGGCUGGGGAUUGAGAGAGUCGGUCUCUUCAACUUCAAGCCCAGCGUGCGCCCCGUGCCGCUGGACGUGCACAUCCAAGGCUACCCGGGCAAGUUCUACUGCCCGCGCAUGAACGCCAUGAACAAGCCGCUCUAUGCCGCCAUCCUCUCGCACUCGCCUGUGAAGCCUGUGCUCGUUUUCGUCUCGUCCCGGCGCCAGACCCGGCUGACAGCGCUCGAUCUCAUUCAAUACGCAGCAGCAGACGAGCGGCCGCGGCAGUUUGUGCACGCGAGUGAGGAGGAGAUGGAGGCGCAUGUAUCCAUGGCAUCGUCAGCAGAGCUGAAGCACACGUUGCAGUUUGGCAUAGGGCUGCACCACGCUGGGCUCACCCAGGGGGACCGAUCGCUGGUGGAGACCCUCUUUGCCGAGAGGAAGAUCCAGGUGCUCGUGUGUACAUCCACACUAGCUUGGGGUGUGAAUUUACCAGCCCAUCUAGUGGUGGUGAAGGGAACGGAGUAUUUCGAUGGGAAGCAGAAGCGGUAUGUGGAGAUGCCAAUCACAGACGUGCUGCAGAUGAUGGGGCGCGCGGGGCGGCCGCAGUUCGACAACGAAGCUAAGGCGGUGAUUCUCGUGCACGAGCCCAAGAAGAGCUUCUAUAAGAAGUUCCUGUACGAGCCGUUCCCAGUGGAGUCCUCGCUGCACCUGGUGCUGCACGACCAUCUGAACGCGGAGGUGGCGGGGGGCAGCAUAGCCAGCGUGCAGGAUGCCAUGGACUACCUCACCUGGACCUUCUUCUUCCGCCGCCUCCUCUGCAACCCCUCCUUCUACGGUCUUUCCGACACCAGCGCUGAGUCUGUCAACGUUUUCCUCUCAGAUCUCGUCAGCCGCACUCUCUCUGACCUGGAUGCUGCUGGCUGCAUUGCACUGCAUGAGGACGGCAGUGUGGAUCCGCUGCCGCCCGGCCUGAUUGCGUCGCAGUACUACCUGCACUUCACCACCGCCGCACUGUUCACCGCCAAUCUCACUUCGCCGCCCGCUGUGGCGGCAGUGACACUAGAGACGGUGCUGCAUGUGCUGUGUGGGGCGGCAGAGUUCGACGAGCUGCCAGUCAGGCACAAUGAGGAGUUUGUGAACGCAGAGCUGGCAAAGCAUGUGCGCUGGAAGGUGGACCAUCGCACCUACGACGACCCGCACACCAAGACCAACUUGCUGCUCCAGGCGCACUUCUCCCGCCUGGCCAUGCCAAUGAGUGACUACGAGACGGAUCUCAAGAGUGUGCUGGAUCAAACCAUGCGAGUGCUGCAGGCCAUGAUUGACACCGCUGCUACAGCCGGCCAGCUACAGCCUGCUCUGCUCACCAUGCGCCUCACACAGAUGGUCAUCCAGGCUGUCUGGUGCGACCUUGGCUCGCCCAUAGCCAUGCUGCCACAUGUCACGUCCUCAUUGGAGGACGCCCUGACAGCUGCCAGGCUGGCAUCGCUAUCCGCCCUGCUGUCCGCCUCGCCACAUCACCUCCGCCAGCUCCUCUCCUCCCACCUCUCGCCUGCCGCUCGUGCCGACCUCAUUCAGGCUCUGGGGAUGCUGCCUCGAGUGUCCAUGUCAGUGCGAGUGCUCUCCACGGGCACAGCGGAUGGGGAGAAGACACCUGCAAAGUCCGCAGCUGCAGCAACAGCAGCAGUGGUGGUGGAGGUAUCGCUUCGCCGCGCGCGGCCGCACCAGCCACACUCUCUGCGUGCCUACACGCCCUUCUUCCCCAAGGUGAAGGAGGAGGGGUGGUGGGUGGUGGUAGCAGCAGCAGACUCCCCCACCCUGCUCGCUCUCAAACGUGUCUCCUUCACACACCGACUCACCACCCGCCUGCACGUGCCCGAGCUGCAAUCGUCAGUGAAGCAGCUGGCGGUCCAUCUCAUCUCUGACUGCUAUGUCAGCCUGGAUCAGCAAGUGACCGUGCCAACAAAUGCUGGUGCUGUUACUGCGCAAGGGACAAUCGGGAAGUAUGUGAUCGAGAAUGUGGGGUUUGUUACAGCGGCAGCUGCUGCUGCUGGGGGGGGGAAGAAGGGGAAUGGGCUGGGAGGAGGUGAAGGCGUGAUUGAAGGCCGUCAGGAUGGGGUAAACUCAUCUGGAGGGGCAGGAGAAGGUGCUGAUGGGGUGGGAAGCAGUGAGGGGGGUGUUGCUGAGGAGGAGGAAGAUGAGUUCUUUGAAGCAGAAGGAUAG